GUACGAUUGGCUGUGUCCUGAGGCGGGUCCUUUGGUUUUCGAGUUUGAGUUUUUCGUCGUCAUUCAGUUGUGAGAAGUGACAAACGAAAGCGACAUGCGUUAAAGUAAACGUGCGUGUUCAAUUCUAUUCAUCGAUCCGAUCUUGCAAGUUACUUCGUUGAUUCGAUAUCUACCGAAGGAUGCUCAAACGGGACGUGAUUUUUCUUGGCCAUAACAGGGUCUAAACAAGAACUUCACUGACUCGUAAAACUGCAGCGAAGAAUGGUAGGUUUCUAUCAAAUGGAGCAGAUUUCAACUGCCACAACGAUGUCGGUGUGCAACGAAGUGUCAACCAUAGCGCCGGUGAAUCCAGUGAAAAGCCUCGUAUGCAGUCCAGAUUUAAGUGUAUUCGCGUCACCAACGUGUGGUACCAAAACUCUGCCGGCAAAUGUUGAAGAUAAGACUUAUCAGUGUUUGCUGUGUCAAAAAAUCUUUGACCAGAAGAGUUUAUAUCAAAGUCACCUACGCUCUCAUGGUAAAGAAGGCGAAGAUCCUUACCGAUGUAAUAUUUGCGGGAAAACUUUUGCAGUACCCGCGCGAUUGACAAGACAUUACCGUACACAUACUGGUGAAAAACCGUACCAAUGCGAAUACUGUAGUAAAUCAUUUUCUGUGAAGGAGAAUUUAAGCGUGCAUCGUCGUAUCCAUACAAAAGAACGGCCUUAUAAGUGUGAUGUGUGCGAGCGUGCAUUUGAACACAGUGGUAAAUUACAUCGACAUAUGCGAAUUCAUACUGGAGAACGACCGCAUAAGUGCACCGUUUGUUCAAAAACGUUUAUUCAAAGUGGUCAAUUGGUAAUCCACAUGCGUACGCACACUGGUGAAAAACCGUAUGUUUGCAAAGCUUGUGGCAAGAGAUUUACUUGUUCGAAACAACUGAAGGUGCAUACGCGUACUCACACCGGGGAGAAGCCGUAUACGUGCGAUAUAUGCGGCAAAUCUUUUGGCUACAAUCACGUGCUGAAAUUGCAUCAGGUUGCCCAUUAUGGUGAAAAGGUUUACAAGUGUACAUCAUGUGAUGAGACAUUUGGUUCAAAGAAGACAGUGGAAAUGCAUAUUAAAACUCACACAGAAUUAUCCGUUAAUGGUUCUCCUAGAAACUCUCCAAUUGAGCCUGAAAUUGAGAUUUCUCAAGCAAACAGUGUAAGCACUGCCAGUGACAAGGAGAACCAAAGGACUGAAGAACUAAAUGAUCAUGUUAUUACUUACGACACUCCACAAGAAUUCCCAUAUUACAUAUAUUCCAGAGAGCAGUAUUCACAACCACUUCUGGUACCAAGUGAAGAUAGAUCUUUCCAGUCAACAUCUGUUGCUCCUGUUGAACAACCCCACUUGUUUCUAUACCCAGAAGUGUCUCCAGCAUAUAAUAGUUUUGGAAUUCAGAAUAACGAUUUCGUUGGCGACUGUUCUUCGCUUCUGAAUUUACCCGGAAACGAUGCUCGUAGAAGAGUCGAGGCUGCGCUUGAAGCAGUUGAGGAAGAACGACAGAGAGAAUAUGGAAUUAGGGUUGAGAGAGAACCAAUUCUAACUCCUCCCAGUAGUAAUCCUGUGAGUCCUGUACCUUCGCCGGAUCCUCUGGAUUUGGCGAUUCCGGUACGAGAAACUUUGAUUCUUCCGCCAAGGAAGCGGUGUAAAAAGAUUUUAGAGUCAAUGGAAAGUGAAAGGAGUGGCCUCAUUGCCUCACAGCGGCAGAACUCUGUUAUACAGUUUGCAAAAGCUUCAUAGGAAAAAAAUUUAAAGAAAAAUUACUGAAAAACCGUGGUACUUUGGUACAUGGAAAAAUGGAAUCUGAAUUAGAUGGAAAAUGUGGAUGACUAGCAUGUUCAUUUAGUGUAGUGAUGGGCUUAGAGAAUUUUUGCAAAUCACGGAAACGGUUUAAUAUAUUAUGAGAAUUUUCUCUUAAUGAACUUUGAAUUCUCAAUCAUGCAAUUAAAAGUAAUAAUCAUCGAAUGCCCGCCAUUAACUGAGUAGAGAAUUUUGUCUCACAUAAAUAAUUGCAUUGUCGUCGAGUUUUAUCGUGAAGUUUUACGAUCUGAGUUAGUUUCAUUGUCAAACUAAAUGGUUUUUGUUACUUUUGAGAUUUGAUUUUUUUCAAACUUUCAAACAUUUUAGAGUAAAACAUAGAAAGCAUACACGCAACUGAUUUAAUUUAUAUUAAUACCGGACAUUUACUUCCAUUUGAACACUUCAUUUGAAUAAUCAAAUUGACAAUAAUUGCUUGUACGUCAUUUUGAACAGUGAAAGUUUGAAGGAGAUCAAAUAUUGCACUGAAGAAUAUCUGUAAGCCUUAAACAAACCAAUGGAACAACGUCCAGUAAUUUUACUGUUUUGAAAUAAUUCAAAACAUUUUACAGUCUAAUGUAUGAUAGUGGCCUCGUUAUUUCGCGGAUUCGACUGAUUCUGAAAAUUGUUUACACGUGUCUCAGGGUGAACAUUGUAACGUACAGUUAGAGCUUGCCAGCAACUAAUCCUUUUUCCUCUCUCUUAAAUACAGUAAUGCCCAGUUAGUAGUCACAAGCUUGUGUCUUAAUCGUGACUAUUGUCGAAGUAGGAAGAUACUGCAGGAAUUAUAUUUAACUUGGAUGAUCCUAACAAUAAACGUGUCAGGGACGAAAGUGAGACACAUGGAAAAUGAAUAAGAUGAAACAAGCUUUAUGAGUUCGAAGCUCCGAGCAAACAUUUGCUUUGGAUAUGCAGAUGCAAAUUAUAAUGAAACAAAAUUUGUGGCUAAAAAUUAGGUAUUACUGUAUUUACAAAUUAUCCAAAACGGUCCGCUAUAAAUAGCACUAAAAAUUUGUAACUAGUCUAAAGUAGUUUCUCAAAAAAAAACAUUUUAUAAUACGACCUAAUAAAU